AUGAAUGAGGACCCGGCCAUUCUUGCUCUCUUUGGGCCAGCCCCGGCGAAUGUUGACCUCACUGCCAGUGAUGUAUCAGUCAAUAAUGGUGUAGUGAUUGCAAUGCUCUGUCUUGCUGCCGUGUUGGUUAUCCUACGAUUCACUGCUCGCAUCGUUCUCCGAAAUGCUUUGAUGGCGGAUGAUUGGGCGAUUAUCGCAGCAUUAAUUUGUAUAUGUGGAACGACUGCACUAAGUGUCGCAGGCGGCACGACUGGUUCUGGAAAACACAUCUGGGCUGUCACGAUCAAAGAAUUGAUGGAUUUGUAUAGACUCCUUUUUUCCUACACAUUUAUUUAUGCCUCGGCGUGCACUUGCACCAGACUCUCUAUCCUUGCUUUCUAUGCGCGAGUCUUCUCCCCAUUGGAACGGUCGUUGAAAGUGGCGCUUUUUGGAGGCCUGUUCUUCACACUCUCGUAUCCCAUCAUCAUUUGGGUGACUAUGGGAAAUGCUUGCCAACCAGUUUCCUACUUUUGGACUCAAUUCAGCGGCUCAAAGGGAAAAUGCAUCAACGUCAACCAAUUCUUUCUCGCACUGGGAAUCCUUAACAUGCUAAAUGAUUUCAUUGUGCUGAUCAUCCCCUUUCCGCGAAUUGCCCGGCUUCAAAUGACUCUGCGCAAGAAGCUAGCCAUUUGUGGAAUUAUGGCCGUAGGAAUUUUUGUGUGUGUUGCCAGCAUUAUUAGAAUCCAUUUCCUCUCUGAAUUCAUGAAGGCAGCUGACGUGACUUGGCUGAUGGGACCGGUAUUCAUCUGGUCAACCAUCGAGCCAUCAGUCGCAGUGGUUUGUGUCUGUUUGCCGCAUCUUGCACCACUUGCCCGGCUCGCCCAUCGAUCAAUCUUGUCUAGUUUGCAUUCUCAACGAACCACUGGUAUGUCUUCAGAAGCACCGGGAGGACAAAGUGGUUCAGGGCAGGGUCUUUCAAGAGGGAAAAAAACCAAAAGCCAUGGACCAACGUUCGACUAUGGGUUCGAUAAAAUGAAGAAAGGCGCAAAUGACGAUGAAAUCGGAUUGACGAACUACGUCACUGUCGGUCCUAAUGGAGGCAUUCAUCCUUUGCAUGAAUCCGUUGAGGAUGUCGGUCACAAUCACUCGAUUGCUGUUCAUUCAAGUUUCGUCCAGUCGGCAUCAACACGGCCUUGGUAA